AUGGAUCCAGCAGCUUCAGGCCCUCGCGACUCUAGUGUGCUGACGAUGCAGUCGAAUCACAAGAGCAGUGUACUAUGGGAUGUCCAGGUGUCUGACACAGAGACCAUAUACACCAGACAUCCUGACUCUGCUUCGUGGCAGAUUGACGCACGAAUCAUUCCCUUCAUUCAUUUAACCCAAUUGAAGUUCUUAUACUUACAAUUAAGUGGAUAUUUUGGGGUUUUUCCAUGGAAUUCUUUCACUAAAAUCACUACCUUUGUUGAGCUUAAUAUUGGAGAUAACCCUUUUGAUAUUACUCCAUUUCCUAAACAAAUUCUUCAAUUAAAGAAUUUAAAUGUCUUACUUCUGUAUAAUUGUAGCAUUUCUGGGCAAAUUCCGUCAGAAAUUGGGAAUUUAACAGACCUAAUUGAUCUUGAAUUAUCACAAAAUUUCUUAUCUGGGUCAAUUCCAUUAGAAAUUUCAAAUUUAAAAAAUCUAAAGUACCUUAAAAUCUGGAGAAACAAUCUUACCGGAAAAUUACCAUUUGGGUUCAGAAAUCUGACAAAUUUGGAGCAAUUUGAUGCUUGUAAUAACAGAUUAGAAGGUGAUUUAUCUGAGCUGAAAUUCUUGAAUAAGCUUGUUUGGCUUCAAUUAUACAACAACAAUUUCUCAGGAGAACUUCCUAUGAAACUUGGUUCAUGGACUGAAUUUGAUUUCAUUGACAUCUCGACGAAUCAUCUUUCAGGUCCAAUUCCUCCUGAGGGAAAGGGAGGGCUUGGUCAGAUGCCUGGAAGAGGCUGA